CAGAGCCAUGAAUUUGUCCCAUUCAUAGUCUCGUCGACUUCUACAACCGGCUCUCUUUUAUCCCUAUGUACCCAGGAGGUAUUCGGAUUCUUCAUCGCCAGCAUGCUUGACAUUGUGGAUGAUAUCGGCGAUAUUAGCAUCCAGGAACCUUUGCACUUCCGCUUAGAGAAUGACUUGGUGUCGGAGAUAAUAAAGUUGUUCACCCAAACGCAGUUGGGCUCAAAAGAAGAUGCACUAUUGUGUGUCUUGCCUCCAAUGAUACCUCGGCUGAAGCUGUCUUCUACAGGAAACGCCGUUGGGGCAGCAAUGACAAAAGCAAACGAACAUCGAAGGCGUGGCGAGUGGGCGCACGCGGAGACAGUGCUACGAUGGGCGUGGAAAAUUUGCAACGAGUCUCAGCCUCAUCCAAUGGGGGAGAGCUGUCAGAACCACGAGUCGACUGUCGCGGGCGAACAAAUCCAACAAGCGGCAAUCUCACUAGGCGAGUUAUACCGGUGGGCAAUACGAAGCAAUGAUAUGAAAGAGUUUGGCCUCAGUGGUAUUAAAUGGCUCUCAAACCAGAAAUCCAGCAGCAAAGAACCAGGGCCUUUAGCUGUUGGCAAAAUUAUAGAUCGUUACAGUGGCAUUAUAGAAGCGGUUGAACAGGGUAAUAAUAUCAAUGG